AUGUCUCAGAUUGUUGGCAUGGCCAAGAGGCUUCAAGAAGCUGAGGCCACCAUAGUCGAACUGAAGAGGGCCUUGGAGCAAAUGAGCACAGAGCCAAGAAAGCCAAUUGUUACAACGUCCGACACUCUCUCCGGUCAAAUUUCUGCUGCCGAUGCACCAAUAGCUUCUCUCCCUGGCGCCUAUGUUGAGGUGCCUCGUACCACCUAUGCACUGGGCAGGUCUGCGACAGAAUCGAGGAGUUCCACGACGGAAGAGCUGCUCUCUGAUAUCAGUCUCGAUGCCAGCGGCAAGGUGUGCUAUCAUGGCGCAACAUCUGCUGUGCAUGACCCGGCUGCCGUCAGCAAUCGAUCCCCAAAUUUCCAGAGCUUCAACGAGCAGAACUCAAAGAUUGAUGUGCGCACGCUUUUAACUUCAAAUGCCAUGGAGUCGCGUACAUGGGAGGAGUUUGCUAUUGGCAAUGCAGCUCUACAAAAUGACAUGCCCCGCGAUCUCAUGUCAAGGCUCCUGCGGAUACACUGGGUUACCAUCGGCCCAAUGUUCAUGUGGGUGUAUCGUCCAGCAUUUAUGCGAGACAUGAUGACCGGGGGACAGUAUUACUCCCCACUGCUGCUAAACGUCAUGUGUGGACAUGCUGCCCGCUUCAAUGAGAGGAAAAUAGCCGAGAUGCUGAUCGCACGCGCGAGGCUUCUGCUUGGGGCCGAAAUACAUAAGCCAAGUUCUAUUCCAACAAUUCAAGCAUUACUACAAAUGAGCGCGAGAGAUCUCGCAUACGGCCAGGUAUCCCAGGCGUGGACGUACAGCGGUAUAGCUUUCAGAAUGGCUCACGACAUGGGCCUUCGACAUAGUAGCGGCUCAAUCUAUAGCCUGGGCAGCUUAAAUGCAGAGGAUCUCGAGAUACGAAGGCGCUGUUUCUGGAGCUGCUAUUUUUGGGAUAAAGCAAUGAGCCUCUAUCUUGGUCGGAUGCCUGCUCUGACUGAGCUGCCAUCGAUUCACUACCCGGAGCUCCUGGAUGACUUCCAAGAACAUGACCUCUGGAUCCCCGACGAUGCGCCGACAGCAGGUCCAGACGAUUCAACCCCUGUCUUCCCACCUAUGAAGUUCCACAUUGUUUCCAGUUUUGUGAAUGCUUGUAAGCUCGCAGUCAUCAUCAGCGAUAUCAUUCUUUGUCUGUAUUCAGGCCGCCACGGAGAAGAUGUGAAUGUGGCUUCGAGGGCUAUCAGGGAGAGGUUGGAUUCGUGGAGGGCACUUACGCCAGAUCAUCUAAAGAUCGAUCCGAAUAAUCUGCCAGAGAUAUGCCCUGUACCACAUAUCGUCAGCCAAAACCUAUUGUAUUAUGCUACUACUAUACUUUUGCAUCGACCUUUCAAUUCGUCUGCAGUACAUCACGCGGCCUGUCGUCAGGCUGCCGACAGCGCAGAGAAGUUAAUACUGCUUCAGGAGCGAACUCAUGGUCUCCCUAAGCUGUCCUUUUUGUCGGCAUACUGCAUCUACACGGCCGCAUCUGUAUUGGUGCAAGAUGCAAAAGCAGGCGAGCCGGUUGCAAGCAGGAGGAUAAACACAUUCUUACGAACGCUAGCCACACCCGCCAAGACGUGCACAUUGAUGCAGCGCAGUAUGGAUAUUAUCACAAGCAGUCUCAACUCUGAGGCAGCGACUCCUCUACCCGUCACCAAGUCAGAGCAAACGUCUGACAAUAAUCCCCUGACGAGACAGUGUCUUCCAGCUUUUCUCUACCAAGAUACCCACCUCGAUUAUGCAGCCGGUCCCAAUGUGGGUGGAAUGGACCUGGACGCCUCGUCGCUACUAGACUGUUACCCCGAGCAGCACAUGGAAAGCUCGAGCUCAACAGGAAAUUGGUAUAUGCCUCCAGGACCAUGA